GCUGGAAAGAAACACAUGGGAAGGAGGAGUUUGUCACCACAACGCGGAUGUUUUAUUGUGCAAUGUUGCAAGGUUUGCUCUUGUUCACUGUGUAGGGGGAGGAGAGACCCGCUUUCUCCCGAUCUUUUGCUCUGAGAGGCAUUGGAAUUUGGCCCCUGCUGCCGCAGAUCGAGAUCAUGGAGAGGACAAGUGAAUCCGACCUGGUAUCGCUGCUGGCGGCAACCCGGGGGGUAUACAAAAGGAUUUUUGGAGGAGUGGAUCCCAAGAUCGCGGUGUCGGCGCCAGGAAGGGUGAACUUGAUCGGAGAGCACACAGAUUACAACCAGGGGUUUGUGCUGCCUAUGGCCUUGCAAAUGGGAACUGUGGUGGUUGGGAGCCCAAGGGAAGACAGAAUCAUAUCCAUAGUCACAACUGCAGAGGAAACUGAAGAGCCUAAAAGGGUGGAGUUUCCAGUCCCGAUGGAAGGUGGUGCCUUGGAGCCAGGAGAACCUCGCUGGGCAAACUAUGUGAAGGGCGUUAUCCAGCAUUAUGAGGCCGGCCCUCUCCCAGGUUUCAGUGCAGUCAUAGCCAGUAACGUUCCACUUGGUGGUGGUCUCUCAAGUUCAGCUUCCUUGGAAGUGGCUACAUACACUUUCCUGCAACAACUGCGUCCAGAUGACGGGGAUCCAGUAACUAAGGCAUUAGUAUGCCAGAAAGCGGAGCACACCUUUGCAAUGAUGCCUUGUGGUAUCAUGGACCAAUUCAUCUCUGUGAUGGGGAAGGAGGGCCAUGCCUUGCUAAUAGACUGCAGGAUUCCCUUCAGGGCUGGUCCUACUGUGAAGCGGUUGCUCAGGUCACUGGAGACCCACCUGGUACCUUUGAGUGACCCAAAUGUAGUUGUUCUCAUCACCAACUCCAAUGUGCGGCACAUCUUGACGGGCAGCGAGUACCCCACACGUCGGCGCCAGUGUGAGGAGGCAGCGAAGGUGCUUGGCAAAGCAAGCCUGAGAGAAGCCAAUAUGGCAGACUUGGAGGCUUCAAAGGCCCUGCUGAGUGAGGAGGUGUACAGGCGAGCCAAGCAUGUCAUUGGGGAAAUUGAACGCACUGCUAGAGCUGCUGAGGCACUGCAGUCCAAGGACUACAAGAUAUUUGGACAACUGAUGGUGGAGAGUCACAACUCCUUGCGGGAUGACUAUGAAGUCAGCUGUCCAGAAUUAGAUGAGCUGGUGUCUGCUGCUUUGGAGAUCCCUGGGGUUUAUGGUAGCAGGAUGACCGGUGGGGGGUUCGGAGGUUGCACUGUUACUCUGCUUGAAUCUGGGGCAGCUGAGAAAGUUCGGAGACAUAUUGAGGAAAAAUACAGCAGGACAGCUACCUUCUAUUUGACACAGCCUUCUGAUGGAGCCAAAGUACACCGUCUGCCUUGAAAUAACUUUCCCCUCCUUGGCAGAAGUUUUUUUGUUGCUCUGUUUUCAGGGAUUAGGAGAAUCACAAAAGUCUGCGCCAGCUUCCCUGAUCCAUGCACUUGGGACUGCACCAAUCAAAGACUCCAAUUUCUGAUCCAAAGGGAAAUGACUUGAAUUCUUUCAUAAUUGUUAAUUUUUUAAAAUCACUUUUUUACAUGUAGAACCUUUCUACCACAUACUUCAGCUCCAUCCAGUAGAUGCCUUUUUUUCCUGCCUGUUUUAUGUUACAGUUUGUGGUAGAGGAUCUUUUCCUCAUGUGAUGCCAGAGCAAGCCGGUUCUGUUGUGUUGUUUUAAGCAAGACUAGGAAAGUGGAGUAACAUUGGGAAAGAGUUAAGGAUAAGGCAUAUAUGACACUUGUUUACAGACAUCAGCUUUCUACUUCUGGUUCCUGACCUAAAAGCAAAUAUCAAGAUUACCUGAAUUUCCCAGGUAAGAUCUUUUUUAAAAAAAACCUCAUUGUCAGGCUUCCUCUCUGGACUAUAGCUGAAGUAAUGUAGAAAGGGGCUUUGAGAGCAAGAGUCUUUCACUUACUGUGCUGCUGUAAGAUGUGGUUCCUUCAGCACAGAAUAUGUAGGCCUGAAGUGACUUUUCCACAGGGCCGGUUCUAAAGGGCGGCCAGGUUGGGCACUGGCCCAAGGGCCCCGGAGCUACAGGAGCCCCUGAGGGGUCCUCCCCUCCCCUUCCACAAUCUGCACCCCCCCAUGCCCCCCACUUACCUGUCAGCCAGCUUUUUAGCAUUGCCCUUAAUGAAGAUGGUGGCUGCAGCUUCCCUAAGGUACUGAAGCUGCUGCCACCAUCUUAGUUGAUGGCAGAGAUGUGCACACGUAGCACGCACAUGUGCCAUCAACAAAGAUGGCGGCGGAGGCUUCAUUCCCCUUAGGGAAACCGCAGCCGCCAUCUUCAUUAAGGGCAAUGGUAAAGACUAGAUAGGUAGAGGGGCCAUGGGGGGCUGUACGGGGGGGCCGUGCGUGCACGCACACCCACCCACCCACUGGGGGGCCAGGGCAAGCCGAUGUCCAAGGGCCCCUGCAUGCCUGGAGCCGGCCCUGCUUUUCCAUGUGACAUUUUCAAGCAGAGGCAGAACUUCAUAUGCUAUAGGAAACUGAAAUGGGCUCUGCCUAUACAAUUUCCCAUUGCUAGUCCUGAUCGAAAUUAAGUAGCUCUCCUAGAAAGACUUUAAAGCAACAUUUGCCAUUGAGAUAUUCCUGGAAACAGUCUCCCUGUGCCAAAGUUAUCCAUCUUCCUACCUGAACACCUGGACAGACGUGUGUGUGUCACCCUGGGCAAAAGACGGAUGUGGUGUGGUUAGAAUGUUGUACUAGGACCUGAGAGAGCAGGGUUCAAAUCCUUGCUCAGCCAUGAAGCUUAUGGUGAACUUGAGCCAGUCACUGUCUCUCAGCGUAACUUAUCUCACAGGCUUAUUGUGAGGAUAAAAUUGAGAGAGGGUGAACCAUGUCUCUAUGCCACCUUGAGCUCCUUGAAGGAAAGGUGGGAUAUAAAUGUAAUAUAAUAAAUUUAAUAUUAUCUAGUGUGUGAGCUGACUUUUGCUUGUGCAACAGGGCUUUAACUUCCUCUCCUUCCUGAUGCCCCAAAAAUCUAUCCUGGAGGGACCCUCAACCAUUCAGAGCAGAUUUGGAAGGUAUAGGGGAGAGGAAAAGAGCUGUUUGUGUGAGUGGAAGUCUAUUCUGCGUAUAUAUAGACCCCAUUGGAUACAGCCAUACAGGACCAUUCUCUUGUGUUCUCCACUUCCCUUCCAUGUCAUUAGCUGCUGCUGGUAGGGACAGGUAAAUUCACAAUUUAACAGGCGGAAUUCAUAUAGCUAGUGCUGCCAGACACUCACUAUAGGAAGUGUGGUGAUUUGCCGUGGGAGGUCUAUUUUCAGUGGCAUUCCUAUUCCAAAUGUAACAGGGAGUGAGGAUCUUGCUCUGAAUGAUAGGAGUCCACAAUGAUUGUGGCUUUUCUUGAAGAGGGGAGAAGACACCUGUGCCUUUACUACAAGGAUGAACCACCUUAAUUAUUGCAAAUGAACUGUGCAAUCCUCUGCAUGUCUACUCAGAAGAAAGCCCCAUUGAGUUAAGUUGGGCUUACUUCCAGGAAAAUUGGGUACUGUAUUUGGUUGUUUCCUAAGUCAAUUAUUUAACAUCAGGUACUAAACAUUAAGUUUCUAUCUUAUCUCAACAGCUGAAGACCUAAAGGCUGCAAAGUGUGCUUAAGAUGGCCCUUUUGAAAGAAAAGCAGCCACCUUUGAGGGCAAGUAGCAGCCAGGAGCAUAAGUUUCACCAGGGAAAUUGGCACAAACUCCUGGUUCAGAUGGGAAUGUGGUGUUGAUUGAGGCUCAUUUCCUGCUUUCCUUUCAAAAUAAAAGUGGCCAGCCUAAUCACACUUCUAAAAAGUAUAUUUAAGGUACUGUGUAGUUUGGCCCUAAGUAAAUAUAUCUUGGUGCAUUCUUACACUGCUCUUACAUGGGUUUUGUGUUGGCGAAUUCCAACAAAUAAUUGUCGAGUCCUGUCAUCCAGCAUGCUUCAGCUGUCCAGCAGGGCUACAGCCCAGUAACUGUCUUAGCUGUCUCUAGGACUGGAAAGAGCUGUACCAAUACCACAGUAUCUAUGGCCACUUCCUCUCCUGCCAGCAGCAUUACCUCUUACUAUUCCCCAAACCUCCACUGCCAUUAAAGCUGCAUCCGAACUUCACAUCAAGGAUGGGCAGGCUGGACUGCCAGAAUUAUAUAAUAAAAUCUAUAAUAUGCACUCCAAUUUCAAAACUGGGGCGAUCUUGAAGCAAAAAUGUGGCCUUUUCCAGGGGCCUCAGGUUUUAUAGGCUGUGAUAAAACUAUCUUUGAAAUUUGUGCCCUUUGGCCCCAGUCUUCCAUUCUUGGAUCCUUUCAGCUUUUAAAACCUGUGCUUGAAUUUUAUCCGUUAUUUUGCUACUUCAGCUUGAUCCUAUGUAGUUAGACGUGCCUACAGCCAUGGAAAUCGAUGCGCUUUAGGCUUGCCUGACUUUAUAUACGAUUGCAGCCCUACUCCCUCAUUAACAUCCACAGCUGUCAGCCUUUUUCACAUCAAAUACAUUUGGAAAUAAAAAGCCUGCUGUGAUCAUAGAGAAAAAUGUUUAUUAAGUGCAAUAGAAAGCCAUCUGGUCCAGAAUGCCAGCUGUCAAAACAUCACAGACGUAUUGAAGGCCACCAACCUCUGCAUGCCAUAAUAGGCUACAAAAUGUAACUUACAUUCUAUUGUGGUUCCUCUAUUAUGUGAUUGAAAACAUGCAAUCCCUUUUUAAACUUGUGUUAGAACCACUCUGCUGCUGAAAUCUGGCCUGUUAGACACCUUUAAUGGGCUCUUUGGUUAAGAUUAAAGCCUGUGAUGCUCCUUCAGUAAAAAGCACUGUAAUAAGUAACAAGGGCUUGUGACUAGGGGGAACGUGACUUCACAAAAAGGAUGUCAUGUAAGAUCUAGAGACACAUAGCAUAGCUGUUUCCAAUAACACAACUGUUCUGAGCAGAAUACAAAGAAGCCUUGAAAUAACUUAUUUUAUUGGCUGAGUUCUAUGGUAUCCCAUGAAGAAAUCAUCCCUUUUGGGUAAGAAGGUCCAGGGAGCUUUAGAUAAUUCACCCUGUUGCUGUGAAGGGGUUGGUAGAAAAAUCCAAAAUUGGAUUUCAAGGAACCUGACUGUAUAGUGUGGAGAAAGGAAAGGCACCAACUACCUGAGCUUCUAAAAUUAUGCCACAGCAGUCCUUAAUUCUUUUGAGUUUCCCCCAGUUUUAACUAAGACAAAAAUAUUCAUAGUUGAUCCUCUGUUGGUAGUGCACAUGAUCCAGGAUCCUAGGGCAAAGCUGGUCAAAAGAGAAUUGAAGGGCAAGAGCUAUAGGGUCUGAAUUGUUCCAGCUGUGUUGAUUUCCAUAACCAAUGGUUUUCAAACUUUCUGCCUUCAGCGAAUUUUCCACAUUAACUUGCCUGCUGAGGAAGCAGCUGACAUCUGCCACAGAACCCCAAUGCAUUGCAAAUAUUUCUGGGGCAUGUUGCAGGUAGGGUGCAUGUUCAGCUCAUGUGGAGGGACUGCCGAGGCUGACUUGCUGUUACCUUGCGAGAAGAUUGUCACUAGUGGGUGAGUUGCCUUUUAGGGAAAUGCCUGGUCUUUUCAUUGAAGAAUUCCUGAUAAAAUUCUGAGGGUGCCCUGGAACAUGGCUUGAAAACCUUUGCAUUAUGGGGGCAACCAUGCAAGAUGGGAAAUAAUGGCCUUAAAUUAAAAUUCUUCCAAUGCUACUAAACACACACAGUGUGAUAAAUCAGUGCCCUAACAGGGAUCAAUUUACUUGUCUGCUUCAGUCAAUUCUCUCUGGCUUUCAAUUGCCUUUUAGUGAGGAGUAAAGUGUUGGUCCAAAAGACUGUUUCAGAGAUUGUUCUAGUUGUCUUUCUUAAAUGUGCAUAUACAUAAAUAAAGAGAUGCAAACAAGCAAAAGACUUUUUCCCUUC